UCUCCUCCCCCGGCGGGCUCGGCGGAGCAUUGUACUCACAUCCGGGGCUGGGUUUUGCUUUAAUGCGAAACGUAAUUAACCCGGAAAAAAGAGCCGAGAGACAAGAGAGGAGGGGUGGGGGGUGGGGGGAGAAGAGCGAGAGGCACCGAGAGUUUGGCAGCGACAUAAAGAGAUCCCCCGAGAGCGACGGCCCUGCCGGCCGGAGAGGCACGUCCCACCCCGAUGUAACCCGCCCUGCCCGAGCCCCGGCCCCUGCACGGCGGGCGGCGAAACUUCUCUGCGGGUUCUGGCGCUGGAGCACCGGCCCCGCCACGACCGCCGGGGCUGCGGGUAGGGGAGGAGAGCAGAGCAGAGAACGUCCAGGGUGAUGUGAGCAGAGCCCAGGAAUGCCUUAUGUGGAUCGUCAGAACCGAAUCUGUGGGUUUCUGGACAUCGAGGAGAAUGAGAACAGCGGCAAGUUUCUGCGGAGGUACUUUAUUCUGGACACCCAGGCCAACUGCCUUCUCUGGUACAUGGACAACCCCCAGAACCUGGCAAUUGGGGCAGGAGCCGUUGGAUCUUUGCAGCUGACCUACAUCUCUAAGGUGAGCAUAGCCACUCCAAAGCAGAAACCAAAAACUCCGUUUUGCUUUGUCAUCAAUGCCCUCUCUCAGAGGUAUUUUCUUCAAGCCAAUGACCAGAAAGAUCUGAAGGACUGGGUUGAAGCCCUGAACCACGCCAGCAAAAUUACUGUACCCAAAGCUGGGAGCCUGCCCCUGACUACUGAAGUUCUCAAAAGUCUAGCAGUUCCUCCCGCCCUAGAGAAGAAGCCGCAGGUGGCCUACAAGACAGAGAUCAUUGGAGGGGUGGUGGUACACACGCCCAUCAGCCAGAACGGUGGAGAUGGGCAGGAAGCCAGUGAGCCUGGGUCCCAUGCCCUUCUUCGAAGGUCUCAGAGUUACAUCCCCACAAGCAGCCGUGUUCCCACUGGGCCCCCACUUAUUAAGAGUGGCUACUGUGUGAAGCAAGGGAAUGUGCGGAAGAGCUGGAAACGUCGCUUCUUUGCUCUCGAUGACUUUACCAUCUGCUACUUCAAGUGUGAGCAGGACCGAGAACCACUGCGCACUAUAUUUCUCAAGGACGUUCUCAAGACCCAUGAGUGUCUAGUCAAGUCUGGCGAUCUCUUAAUGAGGGACAACCUGUUUGAAAUAAUAACAAGUUCCAGGACCUUCUACAUCCAGGCGGACAGUCCAGAAGACAUGCACAGCUGGAUUAAGGAGAUUGGGGCAGCUGUCCAGGCCCUCAAGUGCCACCCUAGAGAAAUGUCCUUUUCUAGAUCCAUUUCUUUGACUCGCUCUGGAAACUCCAGCCUCUCAGGUGGGCCCAACUCUGUCCUAUGCAGAGGGCGGCCACCUGUGGAAGAGAAGAAAGCCCUCUGCAAAGCCCCCUCUGUGGCCUCCUCCUGGCAACCCUGGACACCUGUCCCCCAGGCCGGGGAGAAGUUGCUUCCAGCUGAAGAGACUCCUGAGGACUCUUUCUUCACACCUCGACUUGGAGAGAGCAGUGCUGCUGGGGUCCUGCCCAGCUCCCGGAUGAGGCACAGAUCGGAGCCCCAGCACCCCAAGGAGAAGCCAUUUAUGUUCAACCUUGAUGAUGAGAACAUACGGACCUCUGAUGUGUGAUGAGACAUAGUGCCUGGGAGGGAGGGGGAGGACUUGAGCAAAGGAUGCCGUGACUCAGUUUCUCUCCCUGUUGGAGGACAGUCAGAGGCCUUUAUGCCACUUGUAUUCCUGUGGAUGCUCUGUGGGAGGGGCCCAUCCAGCUGGCGUUUUUCUUUAAUAUCAAUGCAGUGUAUUUUGUUUGGGAAAAUCACUGGGUUAGACCUGUAGGCAUGCCUAGUGGAGAGUGGGUUGCCUCUUGUUCAGCUACUCCAAGGUCUUCCUGGUGAGGAGGUCGGGAGUCCUGUUUCAUCCCUAACCGAGUUUUAUAUCCUUGUCCUUCUUCUAGUUUCUCCCCUUGUCUUCAGGCCAGGCACAGAAUCUUAGACCAGUCAUCUGGUUUUAUCCUAUUCCUGUUAUUGGCUGAGGUUUGACUGUGACUAGGAGGGUGGUACCCGUCUAGCUGAGGGGAGGAAGGGGUGAUGGAAGACCCAGGCUCCAAUUUGCCUGGGAUACGUUCUGAGGGGAGGUGUUAAAAUCUGGGGGCUGGCCGCUGGCCCUCAGAAUGUCUACCAGUGCUGAUCCCCCGAGGGAAACUCCAGAGGGGAAGAAACAGGGACAUCUUGUAAGGUGUGGGGAAUAAUUCAACCCCAGUGCAUCAGCCAAUUUUGGGAGUCACUCUGUUCUUGUUUAGAUGUUCUUUAACCCCAAAUACUGCCAGCGUGAGUGACAGACCUGCCCACCCAGUUUCUGUGUCAGGCCCCAAGGAUGGGUUUAUCAGUGUUAAAUGUUAUGACUGUUGUGAACAGAACAUUCAUUUCCCUUGAUGUGGCGUUACUUGGAAUGUGUGGAAGGGUGAUAAGUGUAUGAUAAUUCACUUGUGUGAUAGGGCAGAUCUCUAUUUUGGAGUUUUAGAUUUGCUUUAAAGCAGCUGCUGGGAAGAGAUGGAUUAUAGUUCAUCCAGCUAAGCUUUUUUCGAUCCAUGUUUUUCCAGCAGAAGAAAAGGUCUGUUUUAGCAAAGAUGAACUAUCUUGAAUCCUUGCCUCACAGGUCUUCUUUAAUGGGCCA